GCUGGCGCCCCGCGCAUGCGCACCGGGCUCGGGCGCGCUUCCGGCAGCCCAGAAGGUUCGGCGCGGCGCGGCGGGGCGGGCAUGGAGCGCUCCGGUCCGGCGGUGCUGGGCGGGCUGCCCGCGCCCGACGGCAGGCAAAAUGAGGGUUCAUUAACAUCAACUCUAAGAACACUUCUAUUCUUCACAGCUCUAAUGAUCACAUUACCUGUUGGGCUGUAUUUUUCAUCAAAGGCUUAUUUAUUUGAAGGUACCUUAGGAAUGUCCGAGAGAGACAGCUAUUUCUAUGCUGCCAUAGUUGCUGUAGUUACUGUUCAUGUGGUCCUUGCUCUCUUUGUGUACGUAGCGUGGAAUGAAGGUUCUCGACAGUGGCGGGAAGGCAAACAGGACUAGCAUGAAGAUCAUCACCCCCUGAUGCCUACAGACUGUAAAUAAUUUUUUUUAAGCUGAAGGAAAAGCAUUCCUCCACAUGUAUAAUACACCUGUACAAAGAUGAGGCUAAUGCCUCCACUCUGGUUGGUUUAAGACUUGUGCUCAUCUUGAAUGUAUACCAGGGAUUUCUGUAAUGCUGAUGGAAGCUGUUCUUUCGCCAGCCUCUGCCAGGCUGAGCGGAGUGAUCUUUAUCUGGAAUUAGAAUGAAGUAAUUCUAUAUUUUUGAAAAAAUCCUGUAGCUAUUUUUGCGAUUCCUAGUGUUUAUCUGGCUUGCUCUGCAAAUAACAUUGGCAUGCAGCAAGCAUUACAUUUUCAGGUAAUUAAAUCACUAGUUAAAAAACCUGCACUACUCAAUAUCCAACUACAGUGGAAAAGGUGGAAUUUCACUUUGCUGUGCAUAGUUUCCCAAUCUAUGGGUGUUGUAUUUUAACCCCACCUGGCAACUAAGCCCCACACAGCCUCUCACUCACUGUCCCCCAGAGGGAUGGGGAGAGAACUGGAAAGGUGGAAGUGAGAAAACUUGUGGGUUGACAUAAGGACAGUUUAACGGGUAAAGCAAAAGCUGCACACUGAAGGCAAAGCAAACCAAGGAAUUCAUUCACUGCUUCCAUCAGCAGGCAGGUGUUCAGCCAUCCCCAGGAAAGCAGGGCUCCAGCAUGUGUAAUGGUGACUUGGGAAGACAAAUGCCAUCAUUACAAACACCCCCACUUCCUCCUUCUUCCCCAGCUUUAUAUUUUGAUCAUGACAUCAUAUGCUCUGGGAUAUCCCUUUGGUCAGGUGGGGUCAGCUGUCCUGGCUGUGUCACCCCCCAACUUCUCAUGCACCCCUAGCCCACUCACUGGUGAGGAGCAGAAGAGGCCUCAGCUCUGUGCAAGCUCUGCUCAGCGAUAACGAAACCGUCCCUGUGUUAUCAACACAGUCCUCAGCACAAAUCCAAACCACAGCCCCACACCAGCUACUAUGAAAAAAAUUAACUCUGUCCCAGCCAAAACCAGCACAGUGGGACAGGCAUAAAUUAUACAUUUCUGAGUUUAGAAGGAACAAAAAUAGCAUUGGUUAUAAACUCAGGUGAUGUCUUUCUAAUGUGAAAUACGAAGGUUUUUUUGCAUUUUUUUUGUUUUCAAACAUUUUUUUUUAUUACAGUGUAAAAUUCAGUCUUAAAUUUCCUUCUGGGAGGAUUGUUACAUAACAGCCUUGCUCAUCUUUCCGCUCUUCCACAGUUAAUCCUAAUGAUGCAAGGGAAAUGGCAUAGCAUAUUCUUUGUAUGCCUUAUAUUUCUUUUUCUCCUUGCUAGUUGCUAAAGGAUCUAGUUGGAUUUCCUGUGGCAAAGUAAUCUCAGUAACAGCUGUAAGGCACUCUUAAUGGCUAGUAGAGGAGUGAGCAAGAGAAAGCAAGCUGUAGCCAUCUGCAGAUGUUGUCCUUUAUGAAGCAGAACACAAGAGUCAUCACAUGGAAUAUAUGCUUCUCUUCUUGCAAAUUGAUUUGUACACUGUGAAGUAUGUUCAUUGUUUACUUUUUCCUUUGUUGUGUGUAGCAACUUUCUGUAGUCAAAGCACAGUGAGAUUUCUGUGUUGUUGGAUAACCUGAAAUUCAUUUAAUUGUGCUGAAAGCUUUUUAAUCUGUAGAUAAAACAUAUUUCUUAAGGUUCCAGCAGUGCAUGGAAUGUUCCUAACACUGAUGAUUGCUGUUAAGCUGUUGUGCUUGGAGUUGUUCUGUUAAUUUGAGUUUUCUAGUUUGUUUUAUUGGUUGAGCCUUUUUUGAAACUGUUUUGCUUAAUUUAGGGCUGGGAAUGGUUUUGGUACUGCAUUUGUCCGUGGUAAAAUUAUUCAUAAAUGAGACAAAAAUUGUUUGUCUGUGCUCAGUGGCUUGAGGAAUGUGUUCCCAGGUCUCAUUCCUCCCGUCUCAACCCCUGUCCCUAGGUGUGUGCAAACAUAUAGAUCAUGUCACACUAAUGCAAAUCAAUUUUUACAUUUUGUUUCCAAAACAUUAACUUUUCUGAUCCAGAAGCUCAUUGUCAGGUUGCUCCAGCAAACUGGAGAACAGUCUCAUGGGACUUGAAAUACAAACUAAAUUUGUAUGUUGGCAUAUGGGCUUCCUGUUCUCUGGUGUGUGAACUGUACAUUGUAGAACAAGUACUGCCUUUUAAUAAAGAACUACCCUGCAAUACA